UGCUCAAAGUGUAUAAAUGUGAAUUUAUGUACAAAGUGCUACAUGUCUGAUAAGCAUGAUGUUCACCAUCAUUUCUUCAGACUACAAACACCAACUGAUAAAAUCAAUUACGAGUUAGAAACCAAAUCGAAGAAGAUUGAAUGUUCAGGUGCUUUUGUUGGGUCCAUCGUUGAAAGGGGCUUUGAUUGGAGUUGGGAUGAUCAGGAUGGAGGUCCUGGUAGUAAAGGUCAAGUCAUUGAAAUUCAGAACUGGGGCAGUGAAUCAUCCAACAGUGUUGCUAAAGUAGUUUGGGAGAACAACCCAACAUUAUCCAAUGUCUACCGCAUGGGACACAAGGGCAAGGUUGAUUUGAAAGUUAGAAAACCAACUUCGGGGGGAUUAUAUUAUAAAAGCCAUUUGCCUAAGUUAGGUAAUUAA